AUGGAUUCUGUGUGGAGUCUUUCUGGAAACCAAGGUGACAAGUGGAAUCCAGCACAAGUGGCCGUGAACGAUCAAACGGCGUCAUAUCAGGUGAGCAUGUAGACCAGUCAGCACCAAAAUAUAACUGAAUCCAAAGACAGCAGAUAUUGGUGGGUAAGGUCUUUAUAGGCCCCAUUUACACUGUACCAGACUACUUUUCAUACUGGAUUAAUUUUCACUCCGAAGACGAAGUAAAAAACAAGGGUGUUUACACUAUGCCGUUUCGCUCUGUUGCCAGCUCAUGUCUUUACUAUCUCCAUGGAAACAAGAGAAACAUUUUUUGUCAAUAUACUAAAAUUUAUUAAAAACAAGAAGUAACACACAUCUCCUUUGUACAAUAUAACUUUGUUUAAAAAACCUGAUCACCAGACGUUGCUUCGUUUCGCUCCAUUCCAAAAUUGACAAGUAUUUCUUCAAUUUUUGCUCUUUCAAAAGCGAAAAGUCAAUGUUAUUAUCGUUUUCUCUUUUGGCUUCGCCAGAAAUAGUAAAUGGUUGUAAGACGAAACAAACAACAGCUGUAAAUUAGGUAUUGUAAAGCGAGCAAAUAAAGGCGACACUGUUAAAACAUACACGCCAAAAGCGAUUUUGGCGUACCGGAUUGACCUGUUUACACUGCUCCGGCACAUACAGGAUUACUUUUCGUAUCACCUCCAAAGCGAAGUAAUUUUUGCUCCGCGUCGCGUACCGGAUUCGGCUGUGGCGUACCGGAACGUAGCGUAUAUAUUUGUUUCCUGAGCGGUUGUGUGGAACUAAUGACUUCAGUCGACACAAAAGAAAAUGCUACGGUAUAAGUGGAAAACUGUCUUAAACAGCAGCCGAAUCCGGUAUGAAAAUCGCUACGCUCCGAUGCAAUCUGGUAUAGUGUAAAGGCUGGUUUCCACUCAGGAAAAUUAUCCGUGGAUUGGAACGAACAAGAAAUUUUUUCUUUGUGUUACAAUCAUUAGUUCCAACCCAGAGCUCACAAGUUCCAAUCACGGACAAUUUUCUUGCGAAUUAAGCAGAAUAUCCACGGUUCUGCUUAUGCGCGCCAACAAUAUAUACAGGGUAUAAAAAAAAACGCUAUGGAAUUUAUGGAAAUUCAACAGGCUGUCGUGCAUGCAUCAUAAAGACGAAAGAACAGUUAUUCAGCUUUUCAAUGAUACUCUUUUUAAAUCGUAACGAUGAAAAGUGGCCACAUACUCGUCAAAUAAAAAUUGCCGGUCGAAAUUACAUUCUUCCCAAGAGGGAAUUGAAAUUACAUGUUAAAUUAUCUAAAAUGAGCUCAACUCGUCGAUCUUUGUCUUAGUGAGACAAUAACUCAAUAAGAACGUUCAUAAAACAUGGUUUAAUUUACCCUUGAACAGAGAAGAUUCGUAAUCAAAACGUUUUACGAAACAAAUAGCUUCCAGGUUGCUUACAGGUUGCUUGCAGCAGGCUCGCGUUACUUUUGGAUUGACUAACUUUGCAUAAUUAAUGUUUUUCAAUUCCCAAAGGUGGAAGAAUGUGAUUUCGACCGGCAAUUUUUAUUUGACGAGUAUAUGUGGCCAUUUUUCAUCGUUAGGAUUUAAAAAGGUAUCAUAUAGAAAAGCUAAAUAACAGCUCUUUCGUCCUAUAUAAAAAUUGAAUUGUUUGGCUAAGUUUAUGAUGCACGGCAGCCUGUUGAAUUUCCAUAGCGUUUUUUUUAGACACCCUGUAUAGACUAUGCCUGUGGUUGUUCCGUGCUCUUCAAAUCAAGGCGCAGAUACGCUUAUAUUUUGCACUGACAUUACAGUCAGUUAUUUUAGCAACUCUUGGUGGGAAUGUAACGCCAUUUUAACACCAUAGUUUUGCCAUUAUCUGCAUCCAUCAAAACAUAAAAUCAUCUUGGAUCACCUUACCAAUUUGAAUAAACUAGAUUUUACAAACUUUCUUGUAAGUGUCAACACUCUUUUUUAAGGGGUGUUGCUACUAUGGCUUACCAUGGCUACACAGCUUUACAUAACUGAAUUAUUUAAUAAAGCCGUGUUCGUUUUGUCUUACCGUGUUUUUCAAUUUUUACCGUGAUAACACGGCCAACCUGGCCUUCUAGUUAAGACCCUGUAGGUGGGUAUAGAAUUAGAAAUACCUGCUUGUUCAAAUGCUAAAUAUUUCUGAUCUACUAGUGAACGGAAACGACCGCACUUUUCUACUUUUCUUGCAGUAUGUAAUCGAAGGUGUACGUGGUAAAGAUAUCAAGGGAGACAUUGCAAUUGAUGAUAUCUCUCUCAUGGUUUCAUGUCUUUCAGGAGGUGAAUCGUUUGUGUACUAAUAGCGAGCUUAUUAAGGAAGCGACAUUUUUGACAACAGAAACGUUGACCGGAAGCAAAUGUGACGUUUGCAACCAACCAACAUUCUUGACCCAGUCGUUUUACGUUAGUCAUGCCGUUCUUGUUGUCGAAAACGUCGCUGUAGGCCGACAUACCAUCAAUCUUUAACAAAAUAGAGCAGGAAAGCUGGGUAUCUUCGUAGUUCAUCAUUCGGUGGUAUAGUUUAUAGCAUAUUUUUACGAUUUUAGAAAAUCAAACUACUAAACCGACAACAUUUACAGUUUCCACUACACCUGCAAGUUCACCAUCUCUAACUAGUUCUGAAGGCAAGUGA